AUCUGGAUCAUUUAAAGGGCGGAGUGCCUGCUUUCCCUGUGUUCCUCUUGCACUCUCUCUCUCUCUCUCCCUUCCUCUCGUCCCUUCCUGCCGGCCUCCGAGCAGAGGAUGUGUCUGGGAGUGUGAGAGAGGAAGAUUGCCGUUGUGGGUAUGUACCCUCUUCUCUUCUUCCUCCUUGUUUUUCUGUGUGUCUCUGCUGAUUUCUCCAUCUGGCAACGGUGAGCAGGCCCUCCGGGCAGGGCAGUCUCUUAGUGGUGGAACAGUGGACGGUUGUACAAUAAGGCUAAAUGUCAGACGGAGACAGGAAUGGCUGUGACAAUCAUGAAGAUACCCCUGUCCCAGUGGAAGUGUGGCCAGAGGUGGAGAAAGCUGAGUGCUUGGCUCGGGGUGCUGCGCUGAAGUGGGCCUCGGGUGUUUUUUGUCAGCCAGAGCAUUUGGAAAGACUCGGGCAGUACAGGAAACGGGAAAGCCAACGGACUGCAUCGAUUAAUUCUAGAUUAAAGUCAGUUGUACAGUCCUACCUGGAAGGUGUUGACUGGGGUCUUGGUCAACUGCGGAAGGCAAGAGCUGAACUGAGUGAAGCAUCUCAUGACUUACACAAGGCAAGCCUGGAGUCCAGGAAAAAUUCAGAAGAGGUCACUGUACUAGAGACGCUUCGGGAAAUGUCAAUCAAUCACCGCCAGCUCCUUGCUGCAGUUAGCAAUUUGCCACGUCUCUAUAAAGUGCAAAGUAUGGUGCUUGAGACAGAGAGGCUAGUGGAGUCUAGGAGGCUACUAGAGGCUCAUGCUCGGCUAAUGGAACUAGAGCACUGGCAGGAUGAAGUUCUGCUACAGCUCCGUGGACCUAGGGGAGCAUUGGGAACAGGACUAACUUCUGAGGAUGAGGAUUUGGUGCGGAAUUACUUCUCAGGUGUUGGACGCUUGGUGGAUGCACUUGCCAAGGAGCUUUGGGCAGUGGUUGGGAGUGGGUUGUCGCUCUCUCGCCAAAACCCCACACCUUUUGUGUCUGCUGUACGUAUAGUGGAACGUGAAGAAGCAUUAGAUCAGUUCUUUCUGGAGGAGCGAAGGUCUAUAGGACAGAGCAGACCUAUGCCCCCUGGGAGACCACGAUGUUGGAGAGAACGCUUUUUCAAGGUCAUGGAGGACGCAGCAUCAGCCCGCUUCCGUAGCAUUUCCUACUUGCACACCCGAGGACCAGGGCUUGCUAGUCACUUGUCUGCACUACAGCAUGGUAUAAUGGGAGAUCUUGCAACAGUGCGGCAUAUUUUGGAACAGUGUGUUCCACCUCACUAUCAUCUAACAAGAGCCUACCUGCGCUCCUGCCACCAGUUCUUGCAGGCCCAUCUUGGGCUAGUAAGUGGAUGGGAGCUAGAAAGUGGGGAAAUUUUUGCGGUUCUUAACUGGGUUCUGCACAUUUACAGCAGCUCAGAGAUGAUGGGUGAUCCAGACCUUGAGCCUGAGCUAGACGUCAAAGACCUAGGACCUCUGAUUUCUCAGGAAGGUCUCGAGCAGCUACAGAAUAAAUACGUACAAAAAGUUCGGAAGAGUGUGUCAGAGUGGAUGCAAAAGGCUCUAGAGGUGGAGCUGACAGACUGGCAGAGGGACCAAGAACCAGACAUUGACCAUGAGGGCUGCUAUCACACCAGCCUUCCAACCAUCAUCACUCAGAUGCUAGAAGAAAAUUCGCGAGUGGCCUUGAUGAUAAGUGAAGCUCUGCGGGAUCAGACAAUCCAAAUGGGUCUAUAUGAAAUGGAGAACCUUCUUAUCCGAUUUCGAGAUGCAAUCAUAGAAUUUGGUAAGGAGCAUCGCAAGAAUCCAGCAACAAACAGUAACAAGUUCUAUCUCCAUUAUCUCCUGGCCUGCAUCAACAACUGCAUCAUCCUCAAAACCUCCACAGAAAGUCUGCAGCAGCAGUUGUGUACCUACCCUUUAAACCGGUUUUCCCGUAUUCCACUCGGGCCUCAGGCCGGUCUGGAUCGUGCUGUGAGAAAGGCCUGUCGCCUAGUCAUGGACCAUCUACUGUCUGACUUGCAGCCACACCUACAAGAACUCCUGUCUCGUACCUGGCUGGUCCAGGAAGAUGGAACCCAAAAAAUGUGUGGGGUUCUGGAACAUCACUGUGACUUGUACAACAGAGUGCGUCAGCCUUGUCGGCAGAGACUAAAGGAAGAAUGUCAGUGGCUAACUGUUGUUGAGUAUAUUCGUGCACUGAUGCAGAAGAGACUGGUCUGUCGAGGUGAAGAUGAGCGAUGCCAUUUGGCCCAGCGUUUAUCACAGGAUGCUCAGCAGCUGAGAGAACACUUUCAGAACACGGGGACUGAUGGAACAACAGGUGAAGUGAAUCCCACCGCUUUGAUACUUGCACUGGCAGAUUUAAUAAAUGUGAAAGAUCCAGGCCUGUUAACACUGGAGAUUUCUGAAUUGGUAACCAAGUACCCUGAUAUUAGUGAGGAACAUGUCUCAGUGCUGUUGGAUGUAAGAGGGGAUGUCCCCAAAGAUGUUCGGGGGUCUGUACUAGAUUUUCUGGAGCAGAGUGCCCCACCUGUACCAUCGGGAUACCGCUCAAUCUUCUCAGAAAUACUUGUACCCUCUUCCAGGAAACAGUUUUGUCUGCCUACUGCAAAGUGCACUUGACAACCAUUCAGAGAAAUUAGACCAAUUGUAUGUGUCUUUGUAAACAAGAAAUUCAUCUUUAAUUCAUAACUACUAAAUAUGCCUAUUUAUUUUCUGUUACAUAAUUUCUGACCAGUGCCUUGUUAUAUUAUUAAAAUAAACUGUAGCCAAAUCCUUUCUUACAAAAACCCAAAGUAACAAAAAUAUGAAAAAAAUAUAUAAGUGCCUUAAAGGUAGGGUAACACAUUUUGAAAAAUGCUAACGGUAGCCGCCUAGCAAUGAAAUCCCGAUCCCACCCUCAAGUCAAACCGCCAUCCAAAGUCACGCCUCUUCCAAAACACAUGAACACGCACAGAUCAGACGGUCACAUCUCAUGUCUCAUUCAGCAGUGAGAAAACUUUGCAGUACAAAGUCGAAUAACACUGCCAAAAUAACCAAACAACUGGUUUACAUCAGAAUUAGUUUAAGCACACGUUCGGUUGUGUAGACGUAGUAACUAUAUCGUUACGCUAAUCCGUAAACGAACACAAAUUUCAUAAGCAACACAAUGUUUCAUCAAAGUAGAAUAUCUGAAUCCAUCUCAAUACAAACAUAUCGCGUA